AGGCUGAAGUUUGUAGUGCGCAUGCUCCAGCCUUCUCGCACACACGGACGGGCAUCAUGGCGGACGUACUAGAUCUUCACGAAGCAGGAGGCGAGGACUUUCCUAUGGACGAAGAUGGCGACGAAAGCAUUCACAAACUAAAAGAAAAAGCCAAGAAAAGAAAAGGACGUGGAUUUGGAUCUGAUGAAGGUGCGAGGUCCAGGGUUAGAGAAGAUUACGAUACAGUAGAGCAGGACGGUGAUGAGCCCGGACCACAGAGAUCCGUCGAGGGCUGGAUCCUGUUCGUGACUGGUGUUCACGAAGAGGCGACUGAAGAAGACAUUCACGACAAAUUCGCAGAGUUUGGGGAGAUCAAGAACCUGCAUCUCAACUUGGACAGGAGGACGGGUUACCUCAAGGGCUACGCAUUGGUCGAGUAUGAAACAUAUAAAGAAGCGCAGGCUGCCAUGGAGGGACUGAACGGCCAGGAGCUCAUGGGUCAGCCCAUCAGCGUGGACUGGUGCUUUGUCCGAGGGCCUCCGAAGAGCAAGAGAAGGGGAGGAAGACGACGGAGCAGAAGUCCGGACAGAAGACGGCGUUAAAUUGAAAUAAAAAUUAAAAGCUCCCCAGUUGACGUUCCUUCAUCGCUAUGGUGUGAAGGCUCUGUAGCUGCGUGACAUUCUGUACUGGAUUGUUUUAGAUUUUACUGGUUUCUGGAUUUCUGUAUUUUCCCCGAGUUGCCCAGCUGCUGCCUGUGUAGCUUUCUCUGUACACAAUCGCAACUAAACCAAGCCGCCAUUUUGGGCCACUGUUUAAUUAAAAAAAACAUUUCAAGAAUGAAAUUAUAGCAAGUCGUAUUAUGAGGGAGAAAGUUAUGUUUUUAAAAAUAAAUCAAAACACUGACAUUUUCGUUGCUCUAAAAGGUGUCAUUCUGUCAUAGUGCUCUGGUUUGAUUUCUUUUUCCUUCAAAAUAUUUUGACUUUCUUUUUUUUUUUUUUAACUUUGGCCCUAAAUUUGCUGUGGUAAAAAUCUGAUAAUUCAUCUGUUCUCCUUUUAAAAGGGUUGUGUGGAAUAUUUCCAUAUUUUCCACCUUUACAACUUUUAAAAAAAGGAGAACUAAUGAAAUAUCGAGACUCUGGACAUGUUUGUAAUAUUAAAAUCCUUUCUUUUUUUUGUAUAGUGUCAGUAUAAGGUCUUUGGUUUUACUUAAAACGUUUUGUACAAAAAUCGAAGAGACGGAUCCUUUAAAACUAAUUUAGGAUACGCCGUAAUGUACGGAAUUCGCACCUGAAUUAUUUUUAAAGCCAGCUGUUCAUUUCCAAUAAAUUUGUUUUGAGGA